AUGGGUAGAAAACCUGUUGACCCUUUCGUUCGGGCCCAGAUAGUGGCCCUUCAUAAUGCUGGUUUUAAACAGGUCGAUAUUUCAACACAUCUCGGAAAAUCUCGAUGUUGUGUCCAAAAUGCUAUCACAAAAUUCAAGAAUCAUGGUCAUUAUAAUGAUAUGAAACGUUCAGGGCGUCCAAAAAAAAUUACUGGUAGUGAUAUUUGUUAUUUGAAGAGACUGGUUCGUGGUGAUGUUCGUCUCAGUGCAAGCAAGGUCACAUCUGAAUUAAAUAUUAGCUUAUCAAAUCCAGUCUCGGUGGUGUCAGUACGUCGGUAUCUCAAGGAUUUAGGCUAUGAAUACGUUGUGAAGUUGAAAAAGCAAUGGUUAAGUGCCAAACACCGACAGCGACGUAUUGCCUGGUGUAAGCAGUAUUCAAGUUGGACAUGUGAUGAUUGGCGAAAGGUGAUUUUUUCUGACGAAUCGACAUUUUAUGUUUUAAAACGAAAAAAUCUAUGCAAAAUACGGCGUUUAGACAAAGAAAAGCUUCUUCCAGAAUGUUUGGAACAAACUAAUACAGGUGAUGGUGGCAAGGUCGGCAUUUGGGGUGGUAUUUCCGGUAAUGGCAUAACAGUAGCAAAGAUUUACACGGAAAAUAUGAAUAGUAAUUUAUACUGUGAUGUAUUGCAACAUGAAUUAAAGCAAUCUAUUCAAAAAAUUCGAAAGAAAAAUAAAAUAAUCUUUCAACAGGACUUCGCUCCUUGGCAUACCUCGAAAAUUGUUAAGCAAAGAAUUCGUCAAAUGAAGCUGAAUGUACUUGACUGGGCUUCGAAAAGCCCAGAUCUAAAUCCAAUUGAGAUGCUUUGGUCAAUUCUUGAUAAAAAAUUAGCUGCAAAACCAAUUUAUUCAAGAACAGCCUUGAAGGAACGUUUAGAAGAAGAAUGGAACAAUAUUGAUCAGGAUUUAUGUAUCAAAUUGGUCGAAUCAAUGCCUGAACGUAUUCAAAAGUGUUUAGCUGCGAAAGGUGGACACUUCUUAUGA